CAUGGUGGCACAAAACCCGGAAAAUGAUUUCGAGCAGCCACUAAACUCGUGAUUUCAUCAAAUUGCGUGGUUAUUUCAUUUGCUAGAACUGAUAUUCUGAAAGUAAAAAGAAAUAUGAGUCUUUGGGGUGGAAAAGGUGCUUCGCCAGAUGUAGUGGCGGAGGAUUCACGGAUCAAGGACAACCUGAUAGAGGAGCUGAGCAGAGCUCUGAAGGCUGUAGAGAAAGAACAUAUUCAUUCAGAGGACCCAAUCCAAAGCAGUGACAGUGUUAAUGCGAUGUGUAAUGUUCUGGAAGCAGUCUUCCUUCACGGAUUGAAAAGAGGAUUCAAGAUUUCAAACUUUUUGGGUGGAAAUGUGAAGAGCUCAGAUGUGAAUUUCUGGGGUUUCCUUGUGAAGUGCACCCAUAAAGAUGUUGUGUCUCAGCUGAACCAUCUCGGACAAAUCACCACAGAAGUUGGAUUCUGCAGGGCUUGGAUUCGUAUGGCAAUCAAUGAUGGUUUGAUCGAGAGUUACCUCGAUGCUAUGCUGGCAGACGCCGCUACUCUCAAGACAUACUACAGAAACCCAUCUUUCCUCCGCGACGCUGAGAAACCAGGAAUCCUGAAAACCUACCUCCAAGGUCUGUCCAACUUCAUGUUUCAACUGUCCUACAACUCGAGUGUGUUGAACAUGUGGCCAAACAUCUCGCUGAUGUUGUCCGGCCUGCUUGAUCCUCGGGGGGUGCCAUCUGCUGUCGUUGCAUCAAAGAGUGAUUCUGCCAUUGUAAGAAAGACAUCAUCAGCAGAGAUAAUUGGCACUGAGCCAGUCAAGGCACGUUCCACGUCUUCCAAAAACAUCAAACAGGCAACGCUCCAACCAAUCCAAGGUCAAGAUCAUUUUGAUUCACCUUAUCAUUCGGACUUAUCCAAUCAUAGCAGCAGAGAACAGACAGCAGAACCCAGCACACCUCAUAAUACACCUUAUGACCCGUCAUUGCUGAAUACACGUGAUUCAGAUGUUAUACAAAAGAUGGCGCUGCUGGCAGAUAAUGGUGCUAAGACAGAUGACCUCAACGUUGAUGUUGUUCCUGGGACACCGCCAAACACUCCUUAUGAUCCGUCGUUGUUGAAGACGAAGGAUGCAGACGAGAUCAAAUUGUUAACAGUCGAGACGGAGAGGGCCGUUAAAGGUGGCGCUACCCGCAAGGCCAUGAAGAAAAAACGAAAGAAAAAAGAGAAAUCUCAUGAGAAGGUAGACCUGUUGAGGGGUGAGGAUAGGUUGGUGGGCUCGGGUUCUAUGCCAGGUCCCCCGCCUAAUUCGCCAUUUGAUCAUUCUAUGCUGCAUUCAGAUAAUAUCGAUGACAUUCGUAAGAUGACCAUUGAGGUGGAGAAGUUAGGUACAUCAUCGGGAAGUGAUGUAAGCUGCCCAGAUGAUGAAAGGAGAAGGAAUCUCCACGAUUCAGAUGGCUUAGGAAAGCAGAGCAGUGGAUCAGGCAGUUCUGUUAAUUCGACGAAUGUGUACAGGUUUCGAGAGAGGCGUAAAUCUGAGACGAGCGCUUCGAUGUCGGAUGUUAUCGCUAGUCAUGUCAAACUGAAGAGUAGUGAUGCGAGCAACGGGUCAAAGAAAGCUGUCGAUAAAAUGCGGGAUGCUGUGAGUGGCAGUUUUAACGUGGAGGUGAUCAUGCCGGAGAACGGUGAUGAUAUUGAUGACUUGGAGGCUCAUAUAUACGGCCAUGAAGCCAUGGAGGAUACGACAGAUGAUGAUUUGGCGAGUUUAGGGAACAAGCUCGGCGAGAUGGGGGGAUGGUCGUCAGCAUUUGAACAGUCACAGGAGUAUACAGUGAGAGAGAAACCAACCGUUGGAAAAGAAACAUACGACUCACUUCUCCAGAAUUACGAGCCGUCUUCCUCAUCAGUCUCAACGUCUGCUACUGUGAGCCAGGUGAUCAGUCAUCUGUCAGACGAGCAGACGUCAAUGAUGUCAGAGGAACAGAUCCAGGAUGAUAUGCAAGACCAAGUGAUUGAUGUCAGCAGUGAGUAUGAGGUUAUCCCCAAGGAUGCCUCGAUCACCUCUGACCAGGCCAACAUGAAAACGCAAGGCAUGCUGUCCAUAAUCAGUGAUAUUUGUAAUGAACAAGGCCUCGAUGUGCAGAACUUCCAAUGUCAAGGCUGCAUGAAACCUAUAGGAUUAAUCUAUGGGAAGUGCCGCGUGUGUACGUAUGAUGGCUGUUACUACUGCCUCGAGUGUCAUGACAAUGACGAGUAUUACAUUCCCUCGAGGAUCGUGCAUAACUGGGACUUCAGGAAACACAAAGUUUCAAAAGACAACAAAUGUUUCCUGAUCCAAGUGCAGGAGGAACCGGUAUUGAACCUGAGGAGAAUUAACCCUUUACUCUAUGAACACGUUGAGGAGAUGAUGGAAGUCUAUGUCAUUCGGCAACAGCUCCGCUACCUUAAAUCAUACUUGUUCACAUGUAAACAAUCAGUAGCAGACGACUUCAGGAAGAAGGUGUGGCCCAAGGAAUACCUCUUUGAACAUAUUCAUCUCUACUCUUUGGCUGAUCUGUUACAAGUGUUCACAGGUCAGUUAGCCAGCAUCCUUAAGAAGGUGGUGAAACAUGCCGCCAAGCAUGUCUACAGCUGCUCACUCUGCAGUCAGAAGGGAUUCUUCUGUGAAAUCUGUGAUAAUCCGAAAGUCAUCUACCCAUUUGAGGUGGAAACUACUGUUCAGUGUUUACGUUGUAAAGCUGUCUACCAUAAAGAGUGUAAAACAGAUAUGAAGCCAUGUCCGAAGUGUCAACGACGGCUCUCACGGAAAAGUACAGCAGGGAUUUCCGACCUGAAGACGCCUGAUGGGAUCGACUUCGCAUGUGUCCCUGGGGAGGAGAAUGUUGAGCCAAGCUGAGGAGAUACACAGUCAACCAAUAAUGCUAUUCUAGUGGGGUUUAUUUCUGUUGGCAAUUAACUGUGGGAAUGUCCAGCAUUGCAAUACCUGGGUAUUAUGCGUCAGUUUUAGGUUAUGUCAGUCCAGUAUUUUGAAAAUGAUUAGCCCCUAAUGACUGUAGAAACUAAAUUGUACUCGCAUGUGACACUACAGUAUUCCUAUUGUAAAUGAUCUCGCUAGUUGACACUUAUAAAUGUAUUUGUAUCCCAGAGCCUUGUCUCUAUUUCCUGCUCUAUUCCCAGUAUUGCUGCAUCUCUGCCAAUAACUUUAGACACAUCCUCCUGCAAACAGGGCCUACCACACGAUUUCUCCUUACGCAUAGCAUGUAUCGAGUGAUAUGGUUAGAUAUUGUCAGGAUGCUGUCGACAUGGUGCUCAUUUUAUAUCAUAAUUCCAGUCUAUCCUAUUAUAUUCAAGUCAUCAGAUGUAAUGUUUAACAAAUGUUUUAAUACAAUCUCUAAAUAUGCAGCACCGGUAAUGAUCAGGUGAAUAUUUUAAUUGGCUGUUAACAUGACAGUCAUGGGAGGCUCCGUUUUGAUUUUCCUUUUAUUCUGACAACUUGUUUACGUUGUACAAAUGAGUAUGAAAAGUUUGUUAUAAUCUUUAU